UGAUGAGGGUGGUGGAGGAGGCGGAGGUUCGUAUGAAGGCGGAGGUGGCGGAGGAGGCUCUGACGGCGGGGGUGGUGGGGGUGGUGCUGAAGACGGCUGCGAGGGUGUAAAUGCACGCAGUCUUGGCGAUGUCGGUGGUUGUGGUCCAUCACCGUUCCGUAGAGAUGAUGAAGAUGUACUUGGCCUGAGUUUGAACGAGAUAGCUUGAUGUCGGCCGUUCAACGCUGUGGGCUCCUGUGGGAUUGCACCUGCGCCGUUUACUUGUGCGCCGCUCGAGCUACCUGGCUGCGCUCUCCCAACUUCGACUUGCUUGCCCUUCAGCGCCGAGGGCCCGGUGGGUAUAGAUGCGGCUGGGCCUGUCGGGAUGCUGCCGUGUCCAUUCAGAUACGGUUUUGCGCUUCUUCCUCUGACCCCAGCUUGUGCAUUGAGAAGACUUCGCGGGCCUGUAGGAGGCGUCGCUCCUAUGCGUGAGGUGGACGACGCGCCCGAAGUGGCUGAGGGGGCAGUGACAGCAGGGGCCGAUGCAGGGAGGGAAUUUAGCAAUGCUCGCGGUGCUCGCGGCGGAGCCUUGCCCGACAUCGACGAGCAGGGAGGACGUUAUCAGAGGAGG